AUGGAGUAUGUCAACACCUUCAAUUAUCUUGCCCAAUAUGCCUUGGAAGAUGUCAACACGGAUGAGAAGAAGCAAGAUCAUUUCAUGAAUGGGCUAUCUUUGAAGCUACAAUCUCAUCUCUCUACCACAGAUUUUCGGGAUUUCAAUGACAUGGUUAGCAAGGCGAUCAAGGCUGAGUACAAGAUGAAUGCAUUUAAGAAUGAGAACCGUAAGAUUGAUAUGGAGAACCGCAAGCGGGCUGCCUCUUCUUCAACCGGUGGUAACUCGCAACGCCCCCUGCACGGGCACUUCCUCCUCCACCCCGUGCGCCGGGUUUUGGUGCUGCUCAACCCAUGUGGAUGGCACGCCGUCCUCCGGCUCCCCAAGGUCAAGCUCCUCGUGCUAUGGGGCAGCCGGGAGGCGGUGGUGGAAAUACCUCUCGUGGGCCAUGCUUCAAUUGUGGCGGGCAAGGCCACAUCUCUCCUUGAUGUCUUUGUGGUGAUUUUCAUCGAUGACAUUCUUAUCUGCUCCAAGACUGAGGAAGAGCAUGCCGAGCAUAUUCGCAUUGUUUUUCAAAAGCUUUGUGAUCAUCGUCUCUAUGCCAAGUUUAGCAAGUGUGAAUUUUGGCUCAAGGAAGUGGCUUUUCUUGGGCAUAUUCUUUCAGAAAAUGGUGUAGCUGUGGAUCCAAGCAAGGUGAAGGAUGUGCUCGAUUGGAAGCAACCUCAAAAUGUUAGUGAGAUCCGGAGUUUUCUUGGACUUGCGGGUUAUUACCGUAGGUUCAUUGAAAAUUUCUCCAAAAUUUCUAAGCCUAUGACCGAUUGA